AUGCUAGCAAAGACGAUAGGAGAACGAAACGUAGGCGAAUACCUGUCGGGUAAGCGACCGCACAGAGUUGAAUUCGGCAACCAUCGCUCCUUCUAUACGCGAUGGGAGUUCUCUGAAGCAGAGAUUAGGAAAAACCUCAAGUCCGGAGCGGUCGGAAUUUGGCCCCCGGACGCAGAGCCUCCGGAAGUGAUAAGCCCGAUGGGCGUGGUAGAGUCUGCGGGGAAAGAGCGCCUGAUUUGUAAUGAUAGAUACGUCAAUGCCUUCCUCGAGCAGAUUCCGUUCGAAUACGAGAAGCUGAGAGACAUCCUGGCGUUCACGCUAAGAGGUUUCUUCAUGGCAACUGCAGACUUGAGGUCAGGUUACUUCCAUGUGCCAAUUCAUCCGGCAUACUGGAAGUAUUUCGCGUUUAAAGUCGGAAAGACUGUCUUCUUCUACAAGGUCCUGUGCUUUGGAUUUGCUCAAGCCUGUUACGUCUUCACCAAGGUCAUGAGAGGGCCAAUCCUUGAACUCCGGGCUAGGGGUGUUCCGCUGUCUGGCUACAUAGAUGACUCUUUCACGGCAGCUCCGACUUUUGGGAGAGCGCUACGUCAAAUUCUGUUCAUUGUGAGGCUUAUGGGUGUUGCGCUGGGCGCGCACUUCGGACUGCCGAAGUGUCAACUCGAGCCAGUGCUCCUUCUGAAGUGGCUCGGAUUCCUGGUCGAUUCGGAGCAAGCGGAGUUCAGACUGGGAGAAGGCAGGAUGGAGAGGCUGAGGAGUGCACUAGCGGAAAUGGCGGAAAGCCCUACGACGUCACCCAGGAAGCUCGCGAAGAUGGCCGGCUUGCUAGCGUCGACGGCGCCUGCGAUCCUCCCGGUGGCGCUCUACAGUAGGUCUUUUUACGGGGCGCUCAGCGGAAAGGAGACCUGGGACGAACUUUUCCCGACACCGGCGGAGGUAGCGGAAACGGCGACCUUCUGGUUGAAGAACCUGGAGAGGUGGAACGUAAGAAGAUGGUGGCCUAGGCCAGUGGCGGUGAGCGCGCACGUGGACGCAUCAGAGAUCCGCUUUGGCGGCUGGGCGGAACUUCCGGAUGGGCGGAGACUUGAAAUAGAAGGAACAUUCUCGGAAGUACAGGCAGGAGGGUCCAGCACAGAGAGAGAAGUAAUCGGAUACGCGGCGGCGAUAAAAGUUGUGACGGAGAAGGUACCGGAACUGAUAACGGAGCGGGCGGUGAUGCUGACCGGGGACAGUCAAGCGGGGCUCGCAGCCAUCGGGAAGUUUCGCAGUUCGGUUCCGCUGAUCCGUUCCGCUCUGAAGCAGGUCCUCGAACUGUGCGCGGAAUUCCGUUGCGAUCUGGUAACGAGGUGGGUUCCGCGAGAGGACCUGGCGGAAGCGGAUGCGUUGUCGAGAGAACCGGAUGCGUCCGACUGGGGAGUCUCGGCCAGCGUGUUCCGGAAGCUGACGGAGCACUUUGGGGUUAACCCGUCGAUAGAUCUAUUUGCCUCAGCAACUUUCCACGUGGCGGAACGCUUCGUCGCGAAGUACUAUACCCCGGGGUGCACGGCGGUGCACGCGAUGGCGCUCGAUUGGAGGGAACUAGUUCAGGCGGGAGAGAGCGCCUGGAUCUUUUCGCCGGUCGGCCUGACGACGCAGGUCCUGGAGCGCCUGAGCAACUUCCGAGUCAACGCUCUCGUCUGCAUUUCUGCGCCGAAAGGGUCUCUAGCGGAAACCCAAAUCCGAGGGUUUCAAGGCGCUAACGCGCUGACGAGGCGAGCAGCAGCCCGCAAGAACUUGGACUGCACGGGGAUCUCGGCACUGGGUUCCUCUCGAACCGUCUUGCUCCAGCCGGCCCGAACUAAUUGA